AUGGACGAAACCGGGUGCCCGACCGUGCCAACCAGACCUGUCAAAACCAUCGCGCGCAAAGGACAAAAGCAGGUCGGCUCAUCAACAUCUGCCGAAAAAGGCACCAAUGUGUCUUUGGCUUUGGCCGUCAGCGCCAGUGGCCAGUCUAUAUUCUUUCUCUUUCCCCGAGUAAACAUGAAAGAGAUUUUUAUGACUCAUGCGCGUCAUGGCGCUGUUGGUGUUGCGAAAGUUUCUGGUUACAUGAACUCUGACGUAUUCCCUCAAUUCGUGCGUCAUUUCAUCAAGCACACCGGUGCUACUGCCGAUUCGCCAACCAUGAUGCUGCUGGACAACCACGGUUCGCAUUUAUCGAUCAAGGCGAUAGAUUUGGCGUUGGAUCAUGGCAUCACGUUGCUGUCUUUUCCGCSGAAAUGCACGCACAAAAUGCAGCCGCUAGAUGUUGCGGUAUUUGCACCAUUUAAAGGCAUGAUGACCGUGAAGCAUGAUGCAUGGAAAAAGUCCAUCAUUGGUUUCGAUCUGCAUCAUGUGCCGCUCCUUGUUGAUCAGUGCCUCGAUGUUAUGUUAACGCCGAAAACCAUCAAAUCCGGCUUCCGAACAACAACAAAGUUGACUUUGUCGCUUCGGAACUGA